UUUUUGAUUUUUUCUUGUUCUGGGAUUGAGCUAGCUGUCCCUGAUCAGUUCCUCGCUCCUCCUUCUUCAUAAUCUUCUUCUUCUUGUGUCUUGGCCCGCGUUUUGUUCUCUAUUUCCUUUGUUCUUUAUCGUUUUAAUUAGUUUUUGCUUGUUCUUGGGGAGAACUGAGAAGAAAUUAUAUCAUCUUAAGAGAUGACUGCGGCUCCAGAAGGUCAAAGUGUUACCCUUGAUCUUCUCAAGAAGAAGAUGACGGAGUUCGCCAGGGAAAGAGAUUGGGAGCAGUUCCACAGCCCUCGAAACCUCCUUUUGGCUCUGGUGGGUGAAGUUGGAGAACUCUCUGAGAUAUUCCAGUGGAAAGGUGAGGUUCCAAAGGGACUGCCCGAUUGGAAAGAAGAGGAGAAAGUGCACCUGGGUGAAGAGCUUUCAGACGUUCUGCUCUACCUGGUGCAGCUCUCUGACAUCUGUGGCAUUGAUCUUGGCAGAGCUGCACUUCGAAAGGUCGAACUCAACGCCAUCAAAUACCCAGUUUCAAAGAAGCGAAGCCAGACAAACAUCACUAGCACCGACAACAAUGGCGCCGGGAGUUGUUGAUUUUUCUCUGUAUAAAAAACACCCAACAUAAGAAAUACAUAAAAUAUUGAUUGAGGUGGAUGGGUGUUUUAGGUGUUGUAGGGGUUCAUGAUAAAGCUUUGUAGGAAGGAAGGGUACGUUCUUCUCAGGUUUCAUUGCAUGGAGACUAGCUCCAGUGCAUGUUUGGCAAUUAUUCUCACAGAUUUUAUUACUGUUCUGGCUUACUCAAUCAAAUCCAUCUGACAGACAGAGAUAUGGUAGUGAU